CGCCGAGGAGUUCCGCGUUUUCAUUGGUGAGCUGCAGACGGGGAUGUCGGCCGGGCUGGCCAGGUGCUGACCCUUCCGAUGAUAAGAUUGAUGAUCCACCCGGAGGCUGGCGCCCCAGGGGUGGGGCUCAAAGCCAGUGCUGCCCCCGCCCCCGGGCUCCUAGACCGAAUGGCCGCCCCUGCCUCCGUCUGUCCCACCCGGGCCCGGACUCUCGACUACCGCCAGCGUAGCCACGCCCCCUGGCGCUGAACGCGGGGGGCCAGCGAGGGCCUGGUCACCCCACCUAUAUCGCUCCCCCACUAAGGAAAAGGCGCAGGCGCCUCACGCAGCCUCUCUGCAUCUUUCAAGCCCUCGUAGGUGCUUUCCUCGCUACCAUCCUCUCCGCCCCCGCGCGGUCCGGAGCCGGCCGGCUGGGUGGCCAGGUGGGUGGGCGCAACCUCCUGAGCCCUGCUCCCGAAGGUCUCUUGGUGGCGGCUGCCCUGUUGCCUCCCUGAUGGCACAUAGGGCUGAGCCCCCCGACGGGGGCUGGGGAUGGAUGGUGGUGCUCUCAGCGUUCUUCCAGUCGGCGCUGGUGUUCGGGGUGCUCCGCUCCUUCGGCGUCUUCUUUGUGGAGUUUGUGGCGGCGUUUGAGGAGCAGGCGGCGCGAGUCUCCUGGAUCGCUUCCAUAGGAAUCGCGGUGCAGCAGUUCGGGAGCCCAGUGGGCAGUGCCCUGAGCACGAAGUUCGGACCCAGGCCUGUGGUGAUGGCUGGAGGCAUCUUGGCUGCAUUAGGGAUGCUGCUCGCCUCCUUUGCUACCUCUUUGACCCACCUGUACCUGAGUAUUGGGCUGCUCUCAGGAUCUGGCUGGGCCUUGACCUUCACUCCAACCCUGGCCUGCCUGUCCCGUUACUUCUCUCGCCGGCGGUCCCUGGCCACCGGGCUGGCGCUGACGGGCGUGGGCCUGUCCUCCUUUGCUUUUGCCCCACUCUUCCAAUGGCUGCUCAGCCACUAUGCCUGGCGGGGGGCCCUACUGCUGGUGUCUGCCCUCUCCCUCCACUUGGUGGCCUGUGGUGCUCUGCUCCGCCCACUCUCCCUGGCUGAGGACCCUGCUGUGGGUGGCCCCGGGGCCCAGCUCACCUGCCUCCUCCAUCACGGCCCCUUCCUCCGUUACACUGUGGCCCUGACCCUGAUCAACACGGGCUACUUCAUCCCUUAUGUGCACCUGGUGGCCCAUCUCCGGGACCUGGAUUGGGACGCACUUCCUGCUGCCUUCCUACUCUCGGUGGCUGCUAUUUCUGACCUUGUGGGGCGAGUGGCUUCUGGGUGUCUAGGGGAUGCAGUCCCAGGGCCUGUGGCAAGACUCCUGAUGCUCUGGACCACCCUGACGGGGGUGAUACUCGCCCUGUUCCCUGUGGCUCAGGCUCCCACAGCCUUGGUGGCUCUGUCUGUGGCCUAUGGCUUCACAUCAGGGGCUCUGACCCCAGUGGCCUUCUCCGUGCUGCCUGAACUGGUGGGGACCGGAAGGAUAUACUGUGGCCUGGGACUGGUGCAGAUGGUAGAGAGCAUCGGGGGGCUGCUGGGGGCCCCUCUGUCAGGCUACCUCCGGGAUGUGACAGGCAACUACACAGCUUCUUUUGUGGUGGCGGGGGCCUUCCUUCUUGCAGGGAGUGGCGUUCUCAUCACUCUGCCCCACUUCUUCUGCUUCUCAGCUCCUACCUCCAAGGCCCAGGACCCUGUAACAGAGGUGCUGCCCAAGGAGGGCCUGGGAGAGGACUGAACGCCAAGACGGGGAGAGUCAGACCCCGAAAGCCAGAGGUUGGCGGCUCCCGGUGUUCGCCUGCCCCACCUUGGCACCCACAGACCACAGUGCCUUAGCAUCAAGAUCCGCCUCCCGCCAGAGCAGGCUUGGGGCUCCUGGGAUGGCUGUGCCCACCCUUUGUAUUCCGUGGAGGGUUCUUACCUCUUCUUUGCUCCUGUGACCUGUUCUGAAGGAUCAGGAGUUCAGCCUGCUCCAGACAGCUGACCACAGAGUGUGGAAAUCAAAGGCCAAGAGACUUACCCUGUUUCACGUGAUCUCCUAGUGUUGCCUCCUAAGUUUCUUCCCUGAAGACAGAUCUUUGGGGAAGAGGGAUGUCCCUUUGAGAUUCAACUGAUGAAGAAAACUGGAUGAUCAUCAGAACCUCAAAAAGAGCCGGGGCCCACAUGCUUGGGUUGGCUGAGGGGAGGUAGCCAGGAGUUCCGGUGACCCCGAGCAUUUAAACCCUGGACUCUGCUCUCUCACCACAGUUGUUCCCACUUGCCCACUGACCUCCUCUUUCCCACUCUCCCCUGUAACUUAGAAAAGGAAGAAAGAAAAUAGUGAAGAACAUGGUGGGGGGUGCUAGUUUGGGAGGGGGAGAUAAAGCUAAAAAAGCUGAA